AAUAUUAAGGGCAGAUGGUUGGGUGGCGUAACUGUUGUUGAAAGGGUGAGUGUUGUUGAAAAGGGCGGAUGGGUAGGUGGAGUAAUUGUUGUUAAAAGAGCGGUAAUUGUUGUUGAAAGGGCAGGUGGAGUAAUUGUUGUUGAAAAGGCGGGUGGAGUAAUUGUUGUUAAAAGGAUGGGUGGAGUAAUUGUUGUUGAAAGGGUGG